AUGCGUACGUUUCCUUACCACGACUCCAUACGGAAAGCGCAUUCACCUGGCAUUCACGCCUGUGAUUGGUCGGUAGACUUUCCAGGUGUUAUUCCGACGCGCCUCUCGUUCAUAUUUUUUCACGCGGCGCGGAUCGUUUUUUUCCCCUUUCGAGAUCGCCCUUGCAAUCGGCGCGCGAUCACUUCGCUUCCGCGCGUGAACGCUGAUCAGAACCCCUCGGGAGCUUAUCAACCCCCGUCACUCGCAAUGGGCGCCGAAUCCGCGCCGAUCGUCCAGCAGCCGACGUUCAAGUUCUCCGAUGCGGAGAAGAAGAAAAUACGAUCGGUGUUCGACAAGUGCGACGCGGACAAAAACGGCGUCGUGUCCCUCGAGGAGCUCAUGAACGCGGUGACCGGGAGCUCGUCCAUCGCGGAGACGCUCGGCAUCCCCCCGGACGUCGCCAAGGGCACCGACAACGGCCUCAAGGAUCUCUUCCUCUCCCUCGACGUCGACGGGUCCGCGGGCCUCGACCCGGACGAGUUCGCGCAAUUUUUCGCGGAGCGCCAAGAGAUCUUGAUGUUCCUUCCCGAGGACGGCGACGAAGCGCGCAACGACCUCGUCCAGGAGCAGUGGAAGAAGGCGUUCUUCUUCCCGAACAAAGAUAAGUUCGCAUCGAUCCUCGCCGGGAUCAUGCACCCGCCCGCGAUGGACGCGUGCGUCGAGGGCCUCGACGACCAGUGCAAGCUCCCGCCGCAGCUCAAGCCCUUCGGCUACUACGCGUACACCGUCGGGCUUCCGAUCGAGAGGUUCGAAGAGGCUGGCAAAGAGCUCAGAGCGCUCGUGAAGCAGCUCGUCGUCGAGAAGGGCGGCGCGUACGACGACGCGAGCGAGGCGGCGUGGACCUCCGUGUGGAGCCUGUUCGUGGGCAUCAUGAAGCGCGGCUACCGCGACGCGCAGGCGGAUGCCAAGGUGGCCGCCGCGGCGAACGUCGAGGCGGCGAAGGCGGCGGAGAAGGCCAAGGCGGACGAGAAGGCCGCCGCGGAGGCUGCCGCGAAGGAGGCGAAGAAUGCGGCGGACAAGGCGGGAACCGAGGAGGCCAAGGCUGCCGCGGAAGCCGCCGCGAAAGCCGCGGAGGCGAAAGCCGCGGAGGCGAAAGCCGCCGCGGAGGCCAUCAAAGCCGCCGAGGAGGACAAAAAGAAGAAGGAGAAGGAGGCUGCCGCCGCGGAGAAGGAGAAGGCCGCGGAGGAAGCCGCGGCGAAGAAGCGUCGCGAAGAGCUGGCGAAGAAGAAGGAGGCGGAGAAAAAGGCGCGCGAGGCGGAGCUCGCCAAGAUGUCCCCCGAGGACCGCGCCGCCGCGGAAGCCGCGGACAAAGCCGCGGAGGAGGCGAGAAUCAAGGCGAAGCAGGAGAAGCUCGAGAGGAAGGCGUCGGAGCGGAAGCGGGCCGAUGCCGGGUGCUGCGUCGUCAUGUGAGCGUGUUUAAUUUGACGCGCGUCGCGUCUAUGUGAACGUCCGCGGCCACAGCGGACGUUCACGCCUACGUUUUUGAAUUGUUGACCCACCCUGUACAUACAGUGUGCGCGUGCGCGCGGCGUGAAGUAGACGAUAUGUUUAGUAUUUGUUUUAAUCAUGUUGAUACGCUACAGUAGUAC